CUCCUCGGCUCAUCACUCCCCCUCUCAUUGUACUCCUGCCCUCUGCUUCCAGAAGAGAGGGAUCAUGCGUCGUCCUGUUCCCUCCUCCUAAUCCUCAUUCUGGGGUCUCGGUUUUGCUUCUGAGCAGAGCAUUGGAAGCUGUUCAUCUUUCUUCGGCAUGGUGGACUUUUAGAUCGGAAGCUAUCAGCAAAUCAGAUCUCUGCACUACCAAAUGUCCUGGUGGGAUGCAAGUCUUCGUGGGACUCCUGCUUUCCUCACAGCGCAGCUCGAUUCUCCUUGAAGUUCGAGGACAAUCCAUGAAGAAUCUCUUCAUUCCUUUAGUCUCCAACGUUGUGGAUGUCUGGCUUGGUGUAUAAUGUGUGUUUCUCUGCAUCUGAAGAUUUGACUGUGUGUGAGUGUUCAUGGCAGUCAAUUAGAGUGUCUCUGUUUGUGACAGUUGGUAGAUUUGGAAGACUGAAGAUUUGGCUGUGUGUGAGUGAGAGUGUUGCUCUGUGUGAGAGUGAGAGUGUGUGUGUUGCUCUGUGUGAGAUUGAAAGUGUGUGUGUUGCUCUGUGUGAGAUUGAAAGUGUGUGUGUUGCUCUGUGUGAGAGUGAGAGUGUGUGUGUUGCUCUGUGUGCAGUGCAGUCCCACUCCCCUCGUUCCUGGUUCUUGACUAGAGGGUUUAGCGGACGCUGGAGGGCAACGGAGACCCCCCACCUCCUCAUUGGUACUCACUACCCUGAGAGGAGAAGAGGGAAGAGACAGAGAGAAGGAUUGAGAGACAGAGAGAGAGACUGAGAGGUAGGGAGAGGGACAGAGAGAUAGGGAGAGGGACUGAGAGAGAGAGAGAGAGAGAGAGACUGAGAGGUAGGGAGAGGGACAGAGACAGAGAGAAAGACUGAGAGGUAGGGAGAGGGACUGAGAGGUAGGUAGAACGAAGACAAAAAGGAAGUGUGUGAGAAACAACAAUAAGGAUAGCAGGAUAGACAGAGAGACAAAUGGAGACAUAAAAAUAGAGUGAGAGAGAGACAGAGAGAGAGAGAGACAGAGAGAGAGAGAUAGAUACAGAAAGAGAGAGAGAGGCAAAGAGAGAGAGAGAGAGAGAGAGAGAGAGAGAGAGAGAGAGAGAGAGAGAGACAGAGAGAGACAGAGAGAGAGAGAGAGAGAGAGAGAGAGAGAGAGAUACAGAGAGAGAGACAGAGAGUGAGAGAGAGAGACACACCUCUCACACCUCUGUAUCCUCUCAUACACACACACAGUGAAAAGAAGACAAGGACACGUAGGCUUAAUCUGUGUGGACCUCCUCUCACCCAUGCUGUCCUCCCCCUCAGUCUCCCUCCUCUCUCACACACUCAGCAGUAUGAUUUUCUUCACAGCACCUUUUGACUGCUGUUAAUUGCAGCAACAAGAGACGAGGAGUGAAUCUGUGUUCUAAUCUCAAACAGUAAUUCAACCAAACUCAACACCAAGAAUGAAGAAAGAACAAAUGUGACAACGUCUCGGAAGAGUAAAAACAAUCCACUACAGGUCCUCUUCCAAACAGUGGACUGACUCAGAGAGCACCAUUGGACUGACUCAGAGAGCACCAUUGGACUGACUCAGAGAGCACCAUCGGACUGACUCAGAGAGCACCAUUGGACUGACUCAGAGAGCACCAUUGGACUGACUCAGAGAGCACCAUUGGACUGACUCAGAGAGCACCAUUGGACUGACUCAGAGAGCACCAUCGGACUGACUCAGAGAGCACCAUUGGACUGACUCAGAGAGCACCAUCGGACUGACUCAGCGAGCACCAUCGGACUGACUCAGAGAGCACCAUCGGACUGACUCAGAGAGCACCAUUGGACUGACUCAGAGAGCACCAUUGGACUGACUCAGCGAGCACCAUUGGACUGAUUCAGAGAGCACCAUCGGACUGACUCAGAGAGCACCUCCAGGGACUUUUAGACAAAACCGAGAAGUGCAGAACCACUAAAGCCCACGAGAGACAAAGAAACUAGAGACACAUACAGCCGACUGAAGACUGGAGCAAGACACUAGAGACACAUACAGCCGACAGAAGACUGGAGCAAGACACUAGAGACACAUACAGCCCAGUAAAGACUGGAGCAAGACACUAGAGACACAUACAGCCCAGUAAAGACUGGAGCAAGACACUAGAGACACAUACAGCCCAGUAAAGACUGGAGCAAGACACUAGAGACACAUACAGCCCAGUAAAGACUGGAGCAAGACACUAGAGACACAUACAGCCGACUGAAGACUGGAGCAAGACACUAGAGACACAUACAGCCGACUGAAGACUGGAGCAAGACACUAGAGACACAUACAGCCGACUGAAGACUGGAGCAAGACACUAGAGACACAUACAGCCCAGUAAAGACUGGAGCAAGACACUAGAGACACAUACAGCCCAGUAAAGAUUGGAGCAAGACACUAGAGACACAUACAGCCGACUGAAGACUGGAGCAAGACACUAGAGACACAUACAUCCCCAUAAAGACUGGUGCAAGGCAGGGUAAUUAGCCCCAGUAGCCCACCACUACUACCACCAGUACAACCAACGCCAGUACAGCCACUGCCAUGCAGGUGUCGUUUGCAUGUUCUGACCAGGAUGGAGGAAGAGGAGGGCUGAGGCCCCCGGGGAAUGGAGGUCACAGCAAGCAGAACGCCACCAGCCCCAACACGGCCAGCCAGGCGCGGGCACGCUUCCGAACCGUGGCCCUCAUCGCCCGCAGCCUGGGUUCCUUGACCCACCGCUACCAGCACAACCUUAAGGAGUCCACCACCAAGCUCACUGGCAUGAAGUACCGGAACCUGGGAAAAUCAGGCUUGCGUGUAUCCUGUUUGGGCCUCGGUACUUGGGUAACGUUUGGAGGUCAGAUUUCAGAUGAGGUGGCUGAGCAGCUGAUGACCAUAGCAUAUGAGAAUGGGGUCAAUCUCUUCGACACAGCCGAAGUUUAUGCCGGGGGGAAAGCUGAGAUAAUCCUGGGGAACAUCAUCAAGAAAAAGUGCUGGAGGAGAUCCAGUCUGGUGAUCACCACCAAGCUCUACUGGGGUGGAAAAGCCGAAACCGAGAGAGGACUCAACAGGAAGCACAUCAUUGAAGGUCUGAGGAGCUCCCUACAGAGGAUGCAGCUGGAGUACGUGGAUGUUGUGUUUGCAAAUCGGCCCGACAGCAACACUCCCAUGGAGGAGAUUGUGAGGGCGAUGACCCAUUUGAUCAACAAUGGCAUGUCCAUGUACUGGGGGACAUCACGAUGGUCUGCCAUGGAGAUUAUGGAAGCGUACUCGGUUGCGCGGCAGUUUAACCUGAUCCCUCCGGUGUGUGAGCAGGCUGAGUACCACUUCUUCCAGAGGGACAAGGUGGAGACACAGCUACCUGAGCUCUACCAUAAGAUAGGUGUGGGUGUGGUCUCCUGGUCACCUCUAGCCUGUGGAAUCAUCACUGGGAAGUAUGAGAAUGGCAUCCCAGAAUGCUCCAGGGCCUCCAUGAAGCCGUACGCCUGGUUAAAGGAUAAGAUAGUGAGCGAAGAAGGGAGGAAACAACAGGCCAAGCUGAAGGAGCUCACUACCAUCUCUGAAAAGCUGGGCUGCACUCUGCCACAAUUAGCUAUCGCCUGGUGUCUGAGAAAUGAAGGAGUGAGCUCAGUGCUGCUGGGAACAUCCAACCCCAUCCAGCUUGCAGAGAAUCUGAGGGCCAUGGAGGUCAUUCCAAAGAUGACAGCAGGCAUUGCCACAGAGAUUGACCACGUCUUGGGAAACCAACCCCACAGGAAGAAGGACUUCCAACAAGCACAUUAGGAUGGAGCCAUUCUUCAGAACUGUGACCGAUCUGGACCAGCUCUCAUCAGUGGCACCUCCAGUCAGUGGCACCUCCAGUCAUUGUGUGCCCAACUCUGUUUGUGUGUGUGUGUGUGUGUGUGUGUGUGUAUGUGUGUGUGUGUGUUCUACGCAGUUCCUCGUCCUGCAACACCCGAAUAAAGAUCAACCAGUAGUCAGUGUCGUUAACUGAGAGCUCUGCUUGACAAAGCAUGCAUGCCACACAGCUCAUCCACUCCACUUCAGUGCAGCUCAAACCUGCCGAACUAACCAGCCAUUAUCAAGAUAGCAAUCAAGUCAGACUAAGAUCACCUGAAUCAGUUGAGGCUGCUGAGGCGAGGACGGCUCAUAAUAAUGGCUGAAAUAGACUGUAAUGGAUAGAAUAGAAUUGUAUCAAACACAAUGAAAACCAUGUUUUUGAUACCAUUCCAUUUACUCCAUUCCAGCCGUUAUUAUGAGCCGUUCUCCCCUCACCAGCCUCCACUGAAUCUGAUGUGCAAAUCCCUUAUGGUACACCCAGCUGUCCCGCAUUCUGUGUAGAAGCCUUUGUAGGCUAAACGGGACAUUCAUGAGAACAAACUCUUGGACAGAGGACUGUGUUCCUGUCCUCAAAGUGAUGGACAUGGACAAAUGAUCUGUCCAUGACGGUCAGUGCUGGCUGAGCCCCUCCUAUCCUACAACCUAAGUGCUUACCUAACCCUGCAUUGUUGUAGUGAUAAUUAACUGUUUCGCUACAUGCUGACAUCUUGUGGUUUUUGAACUUUUUUUUCCCCCAUUGUGAUGUUAAAAUACCAACAGGGUUGUGUUGGAUUGAAUAUUUCAAAACGACAUGUGUAAUGACUGUUAACUGAUUAUAUAUAUUUUUGUCAAUGAAUGCAGAAGAACACAGUAUUAUUAUGAUAGUACUUUCAUAGUAUCUCCCCAUUUCUCUCUAACAAUGCAUACUCUUCUGCAAACAGAUAUUGCAGGCAUGUACAUAGGUCUACCGUUGGUGUAAGCAGUAUUACUGGAUGCUAUCUAGUGCCCUCAUUGCACAUACCGAUAUAUUUUCAUUUUAUCCAAGUUAAACUGAUGUAUAUGAUGUAUAUUCUACCCUUUGUCAUUGCACCUGGGCUAAAACUGAAUACAAUGUCUGUUCAAAUGUAAAAUGGUAUAAUGAGAUUAUGUUAGAGGUUGAGAGUUCAGUAAAGACUCCUUAAUUGAUGUAGUUGUUGUUGUUCAUUUGUACAUACUGUGUAUAAAUAAAUAUCUAGUGUGAA